AUGGUAUUUGCACAGCCCGUAAGACGAUCAUUGCCAAUGUCUUAUCCCCACCAAAUGCCGUCUCCAUCAAAAUCACAUCACGGAGUCAUUCCAUCAUCGACAACAUCAUCGUUGCCAUCAACUCCGCAACCAACUUUGCAUCAUACACAACCUCCGCAUCAGCAUUACCAACAUCAAACGCUUUCUUAUCAGCCAUCUUCCAGUUCAUUACCCCCAGCAACCGAACGUUUACCCAAUUGUCCGAUAACAUCGCAAAAGCCAAACAUUCCAUCGAAACCAUCGUCAUCGUUUCAGUCCCAAAUAUUUCAUCCGAGCUAUCAACAAAAUCUCAUCGGCGGUGCACAUCAGCUGGACGUACAACAGAGACAUUCACAGUCGGACGAUGACAGUGGAUGUGCACUGGAAGAGUAUACAUGGGUACCUCCUGGAUUACGACCGGAUCAAGUUCAUCUCUAUUUCUCACAAAUACCCGAAGAUAAAAUACCAUACGUAAACUCUGCUGGGGAGAAGUAUCGUGUUAGACAACUGUUACAGCAGCUUCCACCCCACGAUAAUGAGGUUCGAUACUGUCAUUCGCUCACCGAUGAGGAGCGAAAAGAGCUGCGCCUCUUUUCGGCACAACGGAAACGCGAAGCACUUGGUCGAGGGAUGUGUUAA